UUGCUACAUUUACUGCAUCCCAUGAGACUGGUCUUAUUUAAUGACUACUUCGGCGCAGUCGAGGGCUGUGUGCUCGCGCUCUUGUCCGAAUUCUCUAUGACUGUUCUGAUUACUCUGGGCAGAGUAUAAUAUCAUGGUCGAUACAGCACCAGCGCCGGCGUCGGCCGCCUUCAAUAACUCGACAAACUCCGGACUCCAGCUGGGCCAGAACUAUGGCUCAAUGGAAGCGUCGUUCUACAGCGAUGCCAUCCAACAGGUCACAAUCGCAGCUGGAGCUUCCGUCUACAUGGGGGAGAAACAGACGGUCGAAGAGAAACUGCUCGACGCCCUGGUUGCAGGCGAUCCCGGUGACCGGCACGAUAUCGCUCGCGCGUUCCCUGGAACAUGCGAAUGGAUUUUCGAGUGCGCCGCCUUUCAGAACUGGAUACAAACCAGUCCCCCAACGACCACGCCGUUGUACAUUCGCGGAAUUCCCGGCAGCGGCAAGACGGUACUGCUGAAGUUCCUCACAAAGGCCAUUCAAACCAGUCUGCGUUCUAGCGCCAACCCCCAGUCGCCUGCACUGACCGAGGACGUGAUCCUGAGCCCGGAGGUGGGAACGCCCGGGAAGACGAUCGCGGUGGCUUGUUUUUGCGAUGAUAAGAACGAGCAUCGGAAGGCUCAGAUCUGGGUGCUCCGUACGUUGCUAUACAAGUUACUGCAUCAAAACAGGGGUUUGAUUAAAUAUGCGCUUCAGCAUGUGCAAAACCUCGAAGACCUCCGAGGGGCAUCCAGCGGAAGCACGGUCGAGGUGGACGAAUUCCAUUCCCGCGAUGUCCUUCUCAGAAUCAUUGAAGACAUUGUGACAGAUCCUGAUCUGGAAGUGUUGUAUUUUGUCGUCGAUGGUUUGGAUCAAUGCGGACAUUUCAUCUCUCCUAUUCUUCGAAUAAUGAGCGACUUGUCCACCAGAAUCAGCAAGAAGGCAAAUGAGCUGGGCAGAAAGUUCACUUUCCGGUGCAUCAUCUCGGACCGGGGCAGCGCCAUCGUCUCUGAUAAGAUGCUUCCUGAGUUUACGGUGAACAUGCCCGAGGGUAAUCAGGAGGAUAUUGGGCAAGUUGCAGAGAGGAGGGUCCGACGCAUCCAGGAAUAUCGGAAGUUCCCGGAUAGGCUUCGCGAGGAUAUUACGGAUCAGUUAAAAGAAAGCUCGAAGGGCAUGUUCAUGUGGCUGUCGCUUGUCUUGGAUGACCUAUCUACGUGGGAGGGAGUCUGGACUGAGGCCAGGGUCAAGGAAAGACUCCACAGCAUUCCCUCUGACGUCGAGGCCUUCUACAGUGCCAUCUUGGGGCGGCAGUCGCGGGACGUAGUGGGUCGAUUGCGAACAUUGCUUAUGUGGGUCUAUUUCGCCUGUCGUCCGUUGACCUUGCAAGAGUUGGAUGUGAUCCUGACGCUUCAGGAGGGCAAAGAGUAUACUGGUGGAAACGCCUCUGAAGAAGAUACUCAGGCCUUGCGGCAUAGUAUCGAGGGCAGCUGGGGCACGCUCUUUGCUGUGCGAAGUAAUGCUGUCUACCUGAGUCACCAGUCUGUCAAAGACUUCUUACACCAUGUUUUCAGCGAGGAUGGCGCUAAGGACUACCCCCGGUUUGGGAUGAGCCAGUCAGAGGCUCACCGUCAGAUGGCCUCUUCGUGUCUGACGUAUCUGCGGUUCGACGAGAUCCAACGACAUCAGGUGCCCAAGCCGCCGGUCGACAAAGAUUGGAAAAUCGAUGAACUUGAGCUUGCGAAGACUCGACAUGAGUACCUCGCCGGGUACCCCUUUCUACAGUAUUCCGUAAUGUUCCUGGGAGAUCAUCUUCGUGAGAGCCAGAUUAUCGAAGAAGGUAAUGUGGUUGGCAUGAAGCAGUUCUUCGAGGCAGAGUCCGUGCCAUUGCAGAACUGGGUGAAGGCUUACGAUCUUCUGAAGCGAUGGUCGCAUGGGAAGUACUCUGGCUUUUCCACGAGCACUAGCUUGCUCUUCGUGGCAGCUCGGCUCAAUCUCCCCUGGUUAGCCGACCGCGCAACCUCUUGGAAUCUGUCCAACUUCUCGCUUCCGGUCGCCGUUGCAGCGCCCGACACGUCUGGCUGGAGUGCGAUCCAUAUCGCCGCGGACUCCGAGGCCGUCGAGAUGAUCACCUGGCUUUUGCAAAAUGGUGCGAUCGUGGACGCUACCACCCUCGGGCUACUGCAUCCCGGUCGAACGGCGCUACACUUUGCGGCCGCGGAGCGCUCUGACGCGGGACCAAAGAUGGUGAAAGCACUACUCAAGGCCGGCGCCAGACCAAACAUCUUCACGAGAGGCGGAGGUAAUAGUGCCCUUCACUACGCCAUCGACGGUCGCUCUGUCGAGACGGUGAAUACGCUCCUCGCCCACUCCGCGGACCCAAAUGCAACAAACAGCUCCGGUAUCACUCCUCUGCACAAGGCCGCAGCUAUCCCGGGACUCGAAACACUCGUGGAAGCCCUCCUCAAAGGCGGCGCGGACCCCAAUCGCAAAUCCAGUGUCGGUAAGGGUCUUGCAAUCCGGGGUCUAGCGGCAUGGCGCACCUCCAAGACCCUCAUUGACACCUACCACGCUAUCAACACGGCACAGACCGCCCUCCACAUCGCUGUGAAAGUGAAGGACGCAGAACGCACCUUGGAGGUGCUCCUCAAAAACGGAGCCGACGCUAACAUUCGCGACAGUGUCGGCCAGACACCUCUCCACGUCGCGCUUGUCGGUAUGGACCGCGAAGUCAUGGCCAAGCUGCUCAUCGAUCAUGGGGUUGAUGUCAACGCCAAGGAUGAGGAGCAUCGGACACCAUUGCUUCUAUUUCUCCAGACCGUCGGGGCGAUAGCGCAUGAGUUGCGCUCCCAGGGCCAAGCCGAGCUACUGUUGUCGGACCUGGAUGGCCAGGCAUCAUGGGAGAGAACGGUGGAGCUGCUGCUCGAUGCCGGAGCCGACCCGCAGACAGAGUGCAAGAAUAAGGUCUCGCCGCUCAGCUUUGCAAAAAUGGCAUCAAUGAGCUGGGCGUCGGAGAUCAUUGAGCGGAGACAGAAGGUAGUGGUGAAGGAACCAGGCGUCGAGGCCCGAGAAAUCCACGAGCCUGAAGCCGUGGAUAUGCCGCAGCCGGAGUCGGAGCCGGAGAAGAAGGGAUUCUUGCAGAGUCAGGCAAGUAAGUAUAUUCCGAAGAAGCUGAAGUGGUAGUUUUUCGCUGCCCGUGUUUACAGGAUGCUAUCCUGGUGGGGUUCUCUUUCUAUCUAUACUUUUGUGGAUGGAUGUAGCAUAUCUAGUCUUGUCUAGCAGUUGAGGUAGUCCUAUCACCAAUUAUGCCUUAAUCAUUUUCGC